AUGAGAAGAGCAAUCCGGCGGCGCAACGUGCUUCUUGAGGACUUGAAACUUGGCGUUCGUUAUCCACGUGGACAAAUAAGAGAGACGCAAAGCUCCAGAACCAUCCGCAUCUGCACAUCAGACCUUCCCUGCAUUUCGCUGCCAUUGUUUGAGCCGGCUAGUGAGUGGCCUGCGUUUCCCCUCCGAUUUAUGACUGCAACCCGAGCAGCUGCUGCUGGUGGCAUGCCUGUUUCGGCAUGGGACGGCGCAGGGAUCGUACGCUCUAGGCCUGCCGGUGGAUUUACACGACCGUUACGACGAUUCGGUGAGCUAUACUCAUACGUCAUCGACGUUUUUGAAAGGGUAAAAAAAUAA